UUUUCUGUUGAACAUUGUCACAGCAAUAUAGAAACUGGCAGCUCUAUGUUUUCUCCUUUCAUGUAUUCGUCUUUGUAUCCUCCACCACAUGAGGUGAUCAGGUGAUGCAAUGGAUAAUUCAUUUCCAGUGGUUCUCCGUAGAUCCUCGAAAACAUACAUCACUUUCAAAAGCAAAUGAGCACAUAGAUCAGUCCUUUAUGUUGGUCAUGUUUCCUGGGACCCUAUAUUAUCCUUUUUCUUUUUCUAGUAAAGUGAAUGCAAGUGAAAAUGGCUACAUGUAUGUUGAACAUACCUGUUAACAUAAGUUUCCUUCCUUCAUCCUUGCAUCCAUGACUACACUAGAAUUCAUCAUUGCCUUAAAGAGCGGGUGUAUUUUGUAGACUACUGGCAGUACCAAUGUUAACAUCUGUAGAAGUACGGAUGUUUGCUCUAUGGUUGGACAAGUCUGCUCUCCUGGAAUCGUGAUUCAGCUUCCUAAAGAAAAUAAUCCCUACUCUUUACCUUUUUUAAUUAUUGUUCUGUUCUUUAUGGAUUCAUUUAUAACGGGAUGAGAUGUUAGUUGGAAUUGACUCCUUAAAUUUUAGGAUGUUACUUUUAAAUCAGCAAAAAAGAAGAAAGGCAUGGUUGUAGGAUUUGUUACUUUUGAAAAUCCAGAACAAGUGAAGAGUGCUCUGAAGGAGUUGAAUGGAAAGCUUGUUGGAAACAAGAAUUUGAAGGUUGGAGAUGUCAUUCCGCGGCCAUUUGAGAGAAAAGGUAAUUCGGCAAUAUCUUCAUCUCCGGCCAGUCAACAAGGUGAAAAGCAAACCCAAACUGGGGACAGUUUGGAUUCGACUAAAAUAUCAGAUGAAACUGAGGCUGAGGACCCACUGUCCAGUGAUUCAGUUUUGAAGGGUAGGAGUGUUCGUGAUGUGGUGACUCCUCUUGCUAAUGUACCGUACGCUGAUCAGCUGGAGCAGAAGAAGAGCUCUUUGAUGCAAACUCUCAAAAAACUUACUCGAAAUGCACGUAAAGCCUGUCCAAAUGGUGUUUCACUUCCAGAAUGGAUUCUCAAAUCUAGGGAAAUAGGUGGUCAACCAUGUAAACUGGAGGGCAUAAUUGACUCGCCACUUAUUGAGGGAUAUCGUAACAAGUGUGAGUUUUCUGUCGGAUACUCUGUACUAGGGAAGCCAACUGUGGGGUUUCUGCUUGGAAAUUUCAGGGAGGGUGUGACAGCUGUCGAGGAACCUGUGAACUGCCCAAAUGUUUCUGGAAUUGCUUGUAAAUAUGCUGCUAUCUUUCAAGAUUUUUUACAACAGUCAACCCUACCUAUUUGGAAUAGAUUGAAUAAUACUGGAUUCUGGAGGCAACUUACUGUUCGAGAAGGUCGCAUGCCUGGUAAAAAAGUAAAGGUUGAAAAUUCUGAUGCAAGUAUUUCAGAGGUUAUGCUCAUUGUCCAGGUUUGCACUCUGGCGCUGGAUGAUGCAGUAGUUAAUGAUGAAUUCCAAAGUAUGGCCAAAGCAUUUGCUAUGGGAGCUUCUAGUGCAUCACCAACAUUACCUCUUACUGUCCUGGUAGUUCAGGAUCACACUGGUAUAUCUAAUGUAGCGCCGGCAGAUGCUCCUCUGCGCGUCCUUCCGUUUCCCAAAAGGGAAAGCUAUUCUGAACUGCAAGCAGAUAAUGCAGUUGCUGAAGCAAAAAUUCACGAUUUUAUAAAUGGACUUAGGUUUUGUAUUUCACCCACAGCCUUCUUUCAGGUGAACACCCUUGCUGCAGAGAAAUUGUACUCCCUGGCGGGGGAUUGGGCGAGCUUGGGUCCUGAUACUUUGCUUUUCGAUGUUUGCUGUGGAACUGGAACAAUUGGUCUGACUCUGGCUAAUCGAGUUGGUAUGGUUGUUGGCAUUGAAAUGAAUGCUUCUGCGGUCUCUGAUGCUCAAAGAAAUGCAGAAAUCAAUGGGAUAAAAAACUGUAGAUUUAUUUGUGGAAAGGCCGAGGAUGUCAUGGGAUCUGUACUGAGAGAGUACCUUACUUCACCUCCAAAAGUAGAUGGAAUUCCAGAUAUACAAGAAAAUACAACUUCCACAGAGAAGACUGAUUCUAUAGUUAAUGCAUCGGAAACAGAUGAGGGAUCAGGUAUUGGGUCUGCAACUGCACCUAUUGGGAAUACUGAUUCCACGGAUAACACAGUGGAACCCGAGGGAAAAGCAGGCCUUGAGCGUACCAAUGGUACAAGCUUGUCAGAAUCUUCAGCAGGUUGCAUUACAGAAUCAGAAACCCAACUUGGGAAGAGUUGUUCAUCAGAUAAUUUGACCACUUCAGUGCGACAUUUCAAGAAUGUUGUUGCAAUUGUGGAUCCUCCACGUGUUGGACUUCAUCCCACAGUUAUCAAACUUUUGAGGACUAAUUCACGUCUAAGGAGGCUUGUUUAUAUUUCCUGUAAUCCUGAGAGCUUGGUCGCAAAUGCUAUUGAGCUAUGCACACCUUCUCCAGAUGAAGCUGAGAGGGGUAAUAAUAAAAACAACAGAGGAUGGAGAAAUAUGAGCAGUGCUAGUCUUGCACGACAUAGGACCAAAUCUAUGCCCAGUUCAGAGCCUUUUCAACCUGUCAAAGCAAUGGCGGUUGAUCUCUUUCCUCAUACUUCUCAUUGUGAACUGGUGAUGCUUCUGGAGAGGUAAAUUUAUCAAAUUGCCUUAAAAAAUAAACUUAAGCAGCCAAGUUUAUGAAAGGAGAUAGAAAUGCUCCCUUAGAUUUGUUUUCUCGAUGUGGAAACAAUGAACGAGCUUUCGGCAAACAACUACUAGAUGUCGUUUAUUAAUGUUGCCACUGGCGCCUGGCGGUUUAUGAGGCAAUCUUCUAUUCUUGAGAUUUCCAUAAUAUUGCAUUGUAAUUGGCUCCUUACUGCUGCCAAUCUAUGGUUACCUGAUUUCCUCUUUAAGAAGAAUACAUCAAAUAUCGACACAUUAUGUUCAUUUGUAUACGACCUCUCACAUAAUUUGAGAUGCUAUAAGGAUUUCCAAGUGAUGCUCCACAGUUUUGUCCCAAAAGAAGUUUGAUGUGUUGAAUAAAUUAUGUUUAUGUUCUCUCCA